CUGCCGCCGCGCCCUGAGGCUGCAACGCAGGUCAAAGUUUCUAACUAGAGCAGCUCGAACGGUGCUGCAGACGUCGCCCAGGCCUGCCUGCCGCCCUUGUCUCCUGUUCACGCCGUAGACUACCGCGGCCGGGACUUCGUUGGCCUUGCAGACGGCUUUCUGCGCAUAUAAGGACAUUUGGCUGUGGAUACGCCCCAGUUCGCUUAAUACCGCCCGCUGCCCGUGUCCUGCUUUGGCACAGUUGCGGUCUAGUCUGUCAGGGCCACUUGUCGCUUUGUUUGGCAACACGAGGACCUUGUAAAACUUGAGAUCGAGCCUGAAACACAGUGAAUACUCAGUCCUCGUCCCUUCACAAAACAGUCGAAAAAAUGACAGGAGCCCGCCCACGCUCUCCCUCGCCUGCCUCUGACUCGGACUCACCCUCUGCACAAAAACGCGCCAAGAAGACGCAUGUCCCGGUAAGCGACGCUGUCGCAGACCCGACGCCCUACUUCGCACCAGACCUCCUCGCGCCGUCAACAAUUCACAGACUGAACAGCGAAUAUGCGACGUCAGAGCCGUACAAGUACUGCCGUGUUGAUAAGCUGUUCCAAGAAGACCUCCUGGUAGGCGUGAAGGACGAGAUCAUGAGUGAGCUGAGCUUUACAGAGAAGGAGACCGAUAUCUACAAGGUGAACCAAACCGGCGACCUCGCCUCGCUCAACUACCUCACGGAGCAACAGAUCGCGCUGCUGCCGAACCUGCUCAAGCUGCGCGACGCGCUCUAUUCGCAAAAGUUUUGCGCCUUCCUGCAGGCCGUGACGGGCUGUGGCCCGCUGAGCGGCACAAAGCAGGACAUGUCUGUGAACACGUACACCAAGGGCUGCCAUCUGCUCAACCACGACGACGUGAUCGGCACCCGCCGCGUCUCGUACAUCCUGUACAUGCCGCUCCCCCACUAUCAGGGCUGGCAGCCCGAGUGGGGCGGCGCGCUCGAGCUCUACCCAACCGUGCCCGGCCCCGACGGUGUUCCCGAGCCCGAGUGCGUCCCGAGCAAGUGCAUCCCGCCCAGCUGGAACCAGUUCAUCUUUUUCCAGGUUCAGCCUGGCCGCAGCUUCCACUCUGUCGAGGAAGUCGUCGUGGGCCAGGGCGAGGACGGGCGACAGAGGCUAAGUAUCAGCGGCUGGUUCCAUGCGGCGCAGCCGGGCGAGGACGGGUACGACCCAAACGAAAAGUGUGGCGAGUACAAGAGCUCACGGGAGCAGCUUGCCUCCACAUCAACCAACUUCCACACCUACCCCUCUCCUGCGGCGCCGCCCCUGCCUUCCGAUCCACUCUCAGAAGAACACAUCUCCUUCCUCUCCGAGUUCUUGAAUCCCGUUUACCUGCAGCCACGCACCCUCGCCGCCCUCGCCUCUCGCUUCGUCGAAGAGUCCUCUCUCGAACUACACCACUUCCUCUGCACGCCGCUCGCCGAGAAGCUGAGCACCGGGCUCACCGCCAACGACGCGCGGGACGGACUCGGGCCCUCGCGCACGCAGCGCAUCUCGGCACACACGGCGGGUACGCGGCACGCCCCCGCGACAGCGGCGGACCCGCCGUGGGAGGUGCGGGGCCCGCCGCACAAGUGGCGGUACUGCGCGCUUGUGGCGCCACCGGCGGGGAGGCGCGAGGCGGUCGUGCCUCGGAGCGCGGCCGGUGCGGACGCGAUCGUGCGCUCGCUGCAGGACGAGCUCUACCCCAGCGCCGCGUUCCGCGCGUGGCUCGCCAAGGUCUCGAGCGUGCUCCCGCUCAGCUGGGCCGCACAGGCGCGGCGCUUUCGCCCCGGUCUCGACUACACGCUCGCGACGAGCGACGAGCGCGAGGCGCGGCUCGACGUCGUGCUCGACCUGACGCCCGAGAUGCCCGUCGAGGUCGAGGAGGACGACACCGACGCCGCAAGUGGGCGCGGGCGGAGGAAAAAGGGCGGGGAGAAGACGAUCGUGAAUGGAUGGCAGAGCGGCGAGUGGGGUGGGUGGGAGUGUUACAUGGCACCGCACGAGGAGGAGGACGACCCGGCGGUGUACCGCUCGGGCUCGCGCAAAAAGAGCGAACAACCGAAGGAGAAUGGCCAGAACGGCACGGCAGAUAAAGGUACGCCGAGCGGGAGGAAGAAUGGGACGAACGGGAAGGAAGCCGUGGAGGACGAGGAUGAUGAUGAGGAAGACGACGGAACACUACUCACCGUCCAGCCGGGUUUCAACCGGCUGCUUCUUGUCCUUCGCGAUGAGAAGGUCAUGCGCUUUGUCAAGUAUGUCAGUGCUGCCGCUGAAGGCUCGCGAUGGGACGUCUGUGGCGAGUACGAGAUUGGAAUGCUUGAAGAAGAGGACGAAGAGUGAUAUCUCUCUGGCUGUGUCGACUCUUGCUUGUGCCCGCUGCUCUUUUCAUUCUGCUUGUAGCCGUACACAACCUGUUGCAGCCUUUGUCUCCACUUAUGCUCGAGCCCAAUCUUUUGUAUUUCUCUCACAUAACAGCUUGUUUUUACUGCUACAGCUCUCGUAAUCUAGCCAGGUACGCGGCCCAUCCCUCGCUUCGAUACCUCUCUGCCUGCAUCUGUACAGCUUGAACAUCGAGGUUGUUGCCCUUACCGUAGAUGCCUCUACCAACGAUAAUGACGUCGGAUCCAGACUCGGUGAUGACUUCCUUUGGUGUUCUGUACUGCUGACCCAUGGAGUCGCCCUUGGCGUCAAGGCCAACACCAGGGGUGAGAACCAAGAAGUCCUCGUCGGGGUCUGCGUGCUCAGCGCCGACGCCCUCCAUGCGCCUCUGGGUGAUAAAGCCAAUGACAAAGUCACGGUGCUCGCGCGCCAUGCGGACGGCGGCCUCGGUGUACGCGCCCGUCGCGAGACUGCCCUUAGUGCUCAUCUCGGCAAUGAGGAGCAGGCCGCGGCCAAGGGGCUUGCCGACAGAUGCGAGCCCGCUGAUGAUGCUCGGCCCGGGGACGGGGUGUGCGUUCGUGAUGUGUGCCCAGGAUGCGACCUUGUGCACGCCAGACGAGUACUGUAGCGCGACGGUGUUGCCGAUGUCCGCAAACUUUCGGUCCUCGAAAAUCAUGAAGUCGUGGUUCACGCUCAGCUCCUGCAGUCGUUCGAUAAGCGAGGGUUUGAAGUCCUCGAUAAUGUCGACGUGUGUCUUGACCAUGCAAACGGAUGGCCCGACGACAUCGAUGAUUCUGAGAAAGUCGUCGCUCUUGGUCACGUCGACGCUCACACAAAGAUUUGUCCUUUUGC